AUGAUGAAUUUCACUCCUCCAACUGAUGGAUUAAGUGCUGCUGAGUUAACAAAACGCCUUCAAAGAGAUCAAGAAUGGAUAGAAUCAGUUAAAGGAUCAUUAGAAAAAUCGAAAGAAAUUAACAAUUCAAUAUGUAAACUUAUUGAUAAAUUUAAUGAUCGAGUUGGGUAUCUUGAAAAAACAGUAAUGCCAUUAUGUUUAAAAACAGACACAGUACAAAGAAGACAACAAAAUGUUAACAGUCUUUUAAAUUUAAUUGAUACAACAAUGCAAUUUUAUGAAAAAACAUCUGAUAUGGAAGAGGUAUUGAAAGCUGGGAAUGCUGUAAAUAAUUUAGAUGAAUUUUUGAAAAUAAUGGAUAAUAUUAUUAGUGCUAUUCAUUUUUUUUCAACACAAAAAACUUAUGAAGAUGAAUUAAGAAAAUUACAAGAUUAUCAUGAUGGUGGUUUAGCAACAUUAGAGACAGAUUUUAUAACUAUUGUUAAUGCUGAAACAAUAAAGUUGGAACCUGAAGAGAUACUUGAGAAUUUAGAUGAAGAAAAUGAACCUAUUAGUACAAGUCAUUCUUCAUUAAAAUCAUUAAGAAAUAUUAAUAAAGUUGGAAAAUGUUGUAAAUGGUUAUUAAAAAAUUCCAAAAAUACAAUGUGUCUUAAUAAUUAUACAUCACUUAGAUCACAAACAUUGUACAGGACAAUUAAUGAUUUAUUGAUUCAUAUUUCAUCAAAUACCAAUUUAAAGUUAAAUGCUUCUGGUGGAUUGUUAAAUUUAACACAAACAAAAAGUCAAAAAAGUGGUGGUUUACGGAGUGCUUUACGUAAAAUUGCUAAAGGUAGUGAAUCAGAUAAGGGAGAUAUGAUAGAUGAUUACAGAGAUACAUCAUAUGAAUAUAUAGCUCAAUUAUUUUCAUCUCUUCUUAUGCUUCUUGAAAUUGAAGCUGAUAUUGCUUCACAAGUUAUUGGAAAUGUAAAAUAUGAGGCUUCUGUACAAAGAGCAAUUGUAACGAAACCAAUGAUUUUUGUACUUGAUCAAUUAACAUCAUUACUCGACUCGUCUGAGACUAAUUUUUUAUCUUUGAUUCCUGUUUGUAAAUUCUUCCAGCGUCAUCAUAAUCAAUUAGCAUCAUUAUCAGAGAAUGCUGAAGGUGAUCAUAUACCGUAUAAUCGUGUUUAUAAUACUUUAAAUAGUGCUUGCUCUUCAUCAAUUAGAGAAUAUGUUGAUAGACUUCAAAAUGAUUCAACAAAAUCUGUUCCUUUAGAUGGUAAUGUACAUCAAAUAACAGCUAAUACAAUAUCAAUUUUAAAAGCCUUACUUCAACAAAAACAAAUUAUUUCAAAUAUUUUAGCUAUAUCAUCACAUUAUGAAAAAAAUCAUGUACCAAGAUUAUUUGCUGAAGUUUUAUCUGCACUUGGUAAAAAUUUAAAAAAUAAAUGUCAAAUUUUUCAAGAUGAUUCAUUAGCAUCUAUAUUUAUGUUAAAUAAUUAUAAUUAUAUUGCUAAAAGAUUACAGGAUCCUGCAAUGUCUGCUGUAAUGAAAGAUGAUAUUAAUUUAACAUCUUUUUAUCAAAUGGAAAUUGCAAAUUGUGUUGAGAAAUAUCUUGUAUCAUGGCAAAGAGUUUCAUCGAUUGUUUCACAACCUCUAAUUGAUAUUGAUAAAAGGCAAUUAAAAGCAAUUUAUAAUGCUUUUGAAAAAGAAUUAGAACAAAUUUUAGAGACACAAAAAAAUUAUACUGUUGUUGAUGGAGCAUAUGCAUACCUAAUUAAAUCACGUAUUAAAGAAAUGAUUCUAAAAAAUCAUGAACGUUUCUAUACUAUUAUGACUGAAUCCAUAGGUGGAGACAAAAAUUUUAAAUAUGAUGCAUUAAGUAUUGAAGUUGUAAUUGACGAAUUGUUUGACAGUAGUAACUAA